GUGUGCUGCCCCACAGCUGCGUCCCGCAGCGGAGCUAGCGAGUUGCGGACAGCUCGAGGUGGAAGCAGCGUGCUUUCCUCCUAGCCCCGUAGCAUAACCCAGAAUAGGGGGCUGAAGCGCAGCUGAGUGGCUGAGCGGAGCGAGGGUGUGUGGGUGCCCACCGGUACUGCGCCUUGAGGUGUUGCGGGCCGGGCCGGCGGCGCGGCUCCCCACAGCGGCUUCUUCGUCUCAGCGCAGUGCGGCGGGCUGACCGGGGGGCGGAUCCGCAGCCAUCGCCGACCCCUGUGGGAGAGCUGGGCGCUGCCGGGGGCAGUGUGCGGGAGAGUCGCCGCUGGCCGCGCUUGCCCCCGGCGCUUGUGUUGAAGAGGACUUGGGUGGGAAGCGUAUCGGGCGGCGCCGACAGGGCCCUCCUCUGGGCGCACGUACGCCUUUGAGCCAGCGAAAUUACCUCAGCAGCAUUCCAGCUGCCGCCACGGCAAACGCGCUGACUACGCAGGAAAGGCGAAGAGCAGCAGAGUUCGGCACGUGACACAGCUGUAUACGCGCCUGAAAGGACACAUGAGGAAAUGCGCCAAAUCCUAGCUCCCUCAGUUUCGUAAAACUCUGCUUUGUAAUAGCCAUGCCAAUGUCAGCUAUAAAGAAUGAUCCCAGAGGGGCAGAUGUUAUUGAGAAAUUGAGACCAUAGGAAAUUCCCAGCUGGACAGUUCUCCCUUCAGGAACCACUGCGGCUUCACACACCUGCACAAGUGAUUUGGAUCUGCACAAACAACUCAGGUUAAAUUGAAUAUUUGUACACCACAGCUUCUUGCAGAAGGACCACCACACUGUUUCACACAUAGGAAAAUAUGAGAAUAACCAGGGACUGUUGUUCUCUCUGAACUAAAAUACAAAAUACUCUGUGCCUUGCUGAGGACAGCUGCAGGAAAUCGGACACUUGAAUCAAUGUUAUCGGAUGAGUUAGAAUCCAAACCUGAGCUUCUGGUUCAGUUUGUUCAGAAUACUUCUAUUCCACUGGGGCAAGGGCUGGUGGAAUCGGAGCCAAAAGACAUCACCUGUCUUUCUCUCCUUCCUGUUACUGAGACCUCAGAAUGCAACAGACUCAUGUUGCCAGAUGAUGAAAGAGAUCUCACUUCUCCAAGUCACACUAAUUCUUCCAAAGAUGUUUCUUCAUCUGCUGUCUUGAGAAGUCUCCAGGUAAAUGUGGGCCCUGAUGGAGAAGAAACAAGGGCACAGAAUGUACAGAAACCACCUGAACUUCUGUCAACUUCAGAGACUUCCACUUUAUUGCAAGACCUCCAGCCUAGUGACAGCACUUCAUUUAUUCUUCUCAACCUAACAAGAGCAGGGCUGGGGUCUCCAGCAGAGCACUUGGUGUUUGUUCAGGAUGAAGCAGAAGAUUCUGGGAAUGACUUUCUUUCUCAUGAUAGUACAGACAGCAAUACCCCAUGGUUCCUACGAGUGCAAGAAUUGGCCCAUGACAGUUUAAUUGCUGCCACUCGGGCACAGCUCGCUAAGAAUGCCAAAGCAAGCAAUAAUGAUUUUGGUGGUCUUUUUCUUCCAGGUGAAAAUAUUCAUCUUUGCUCAGGGGAUGGGCAGCCAAAAGACUCCAGCCCCAUUCCUCAUUUAUCUCGCAUGGAAAGGAAGCUGAAGUGCACAGUUGAGGGCUGCGAUCGGACAUUUGUGUGGCCAGCUCACUUCAAGUAUCAUCUGAAAACACACCGGAACGACCGCUCCUUUACCUGCCCAGCAGAAGGCUGUGGAAAAAGUUUCUACGUCUUGCAGAGGCUGAAGGUGCACAUGAGGACUCACAAUGGUGAAAAACCCUUUGUAUGCACAGAGCUGGGCUGUGGGAAACAGUUCACAACAGCUGGAAAUCUGAAGAACCACCUACGAAUUCACACUGGGGAAAAGCCCUUUUUGUGUGAGGCACAGGGUUGUGGUCGCUCUUUUGCCGAAUACUCCAGCCUUCGGAAACAUUUGGUUGUCCACUCAGGAGUGAAGCCCCAUCAAUGCCAAAUUUGUGGGAAGACAUUUUCCCAGAGUGGUAGCAGAAAUGUGCAUAUGAGGAAACACCACUCCCGAAUUGGAACAGCUGGCAGCAGGGAGCGAGAACAGCCAGAGUCACUGAUGGGCAGCAGUUUGCUGGAAGAAUCUACAGUGCAUAGUAAGAGUCUCAUCUCCAUGAACUCUCAGCCCAGCCUUGGUGUUGAGUCUCUGCAUCUGCCAGAUACAGAGUCUAUUAUUGGAGUAGAGGAGGGUGAGACCAGCUGCUCUUUUUUCCGCCCUCUUAUAUGUGGUGACUGAAGUGGUGGGAUCGAUCAUAUAAUUCCUCCUAGAGGCUCACCAUGUUGCAGUGGAGGAGUGAACAUUGCUUUAACUGUGCACAGUGGGUGGGUAGAUGGAGAAUGAAUUAUAAAACUGGAGUUGGAGAAGACCUACUGGACCAAGUUUCUCUCUUGCAGAGCUUAAAAGGUGAAGUCUGCUGCUUAGGUGUCAUUUAGCCCAUGUCAUGGAACACCAUUUCAGAACUGCUUAUGCAGUCCAUUCUGCUAAAGCCUAAAGUGUUUGUUUUGCUGGAGCACCUGGGUGCCUCAGUUAAGGACCAGGACCUCGUUGUGCUAGGCACUGUACAAACGUUCAGUAUCUUGAGCAACAGGCCUGCCUUCCAUCCUUUACCGUCAAAGACUAUAUUCUAAUACAUCUCACUGUCAGAAGCUGACUUACUAUCUGAAAUAAAUGUACUACUUGGUAUCAUUUAA